CGCACUCGCUCUUUGGCAGAGACAGAGAUCGCGAUCCUUCUCAUCUGAAUCCACUUUCUGCACUGUCUGAAGAUACGAUAUGAACUCGGUCGAGUUGAGCGCCGCUCAAGCAGCGAAGUUGGAGCCUUUCCUGUUGAUGGCCAAGUCGGCGAGGGGUGCUGGUGCAGCCAAGCUCAUCGAGAACGCUACGUCGGCUCCCGGCGUGUUCGUGUUCUCGGAGCUGCUGGAUACACCAUCGAUACAGGAUCUCUCUAACACUCCCCAGCACGCACCUCACUUCGCUCUCCUCGAACUGUUCGCCUACAAGACCUACGCCGACUACGCACAAAACAAGGAGGCCUUUCCUCCACUAAACCCCGCGCAGCUCACGAAACUUCGCUAUCUCUCCAUCGUCUCUCUCUCUACGCGACAGCGCAUCCUCUCUUACUCUACCCUCCUGGCUGCUCUUGAUAUUGGUUCUGUUCGUGAACUAGAGGAUCUCAUCAUAGACGCCAACUACCUCGACGUUCUCCGUGGCCGUCUCGACCAAAAGCAGUCACAGCUCGAAGUUGAGUACACCAUCGGCCGGGAUGUUCCGCCUAGCGACGUUCAGCGGCUGCUGGACGAUCUGAAGAGCUGGUCACAAACGACAGCGUCCGUUCUCUCAGCUUUGGACGACAAGCUUGCUUCUCUCACGGCUGAGAGCGCCAGGGCCGCCGAGGAGAAGGGAGCACAUGAGGAGGCGUAUGCGUCCGCGCUUAAAGAAGCACUCGAACGUUCCCGUAAUGAACGGGAUCGCGACCGCAUGGGACUUGGUAACAUCAUGGGUGAACGGGGAGGACGGAGAAUCGGAGGCAUGGCACGGCCCGAUGACUCGAUGGACGUUGAUGACGACAUGGCAGGACCCAGAAUGAGGAAAAAAGCUGGUGAUGCGAUGAGGACUCGUAUGACCAAGCGAAACAGGUUCUGAACGUCGUCACAUUGUCAAGCUCAUGGUGAUGAUUCAUUAUAUCGCCCAGCGGGCUUCCGUUGUAACUAUAGUAGAAUGUGCAACAUGCUUGCACUUUUUGUCGUCUCCUGAUGACUCCGUCACUUUUACAAGUCCUGAUUAACCAAUGGAAGAGACACUGAAAACGUUGCGUCCAUUUCGUUCAUUCCUGGAUCUGCGACCUUUUUCAGGUGCAAAAUCAAAUGAGCGACGAAGGUGGAGUGCAGCAUGCUUCCAGGUAUGCUAAUCAUCAAGGUGAGGUCUAACUCAGGUCUCUGGAGUGGAUCGGAUUAGCCCUCGGUACGCAUGGGGUCUUGUCUGGCUUACCGUCUGCGUUGGUAUGAGC